AUGGCCCAAGAAACCCUGAAGAAGGCUCAGAGAAGCAUCACUACAACGACGAAAACCGCGCGAAAAACAGACAGCGGUACGUCACAGGCAAAAGAGACCGCUGUUCCUAGUACCGAGACGCUGGAGACUGGCGGAGAGAAGAUACCGCUGGAUCUGGCGCAACUGGAGGGGCUGGAGGUACAAGAGGGUGGCAAGAUCAUGGACAGCGACGGGCGGGUGGUCGGACGGCUGGUGGAGGGAGAUCCGGCCGAUCUGGAGGGCGAGAAAAUUGGCAGCAAUGGAGAGAUCUUGGAUGAGGAUGGAGACUUGAUUGGGCGGGUAGAAGGACUCCCGACAGACGAGUUGCCACAGGAAGCGAUCUCUAGUGAUGUCCCAGAGGCAGAAGGGGUGCCAGGAUUGGGGCUGAAGGAUCUGGCUGGCCUUCCAGUCACAGCUCAGGGGCAUAUCAAGGACGACGACGGCCGAGUUGUGGGCAAGCUGGUGGAGGGGGACGCCGAAGACCUGAUAGGCGAGACAGUGAACGAGCAGGGGGAGAUUCUCGAUGACGACGGCGACCUGGUGGGUCGGAUAGAGCUCACUGUGCCUGAAGGGGACAUAUUGAAACAUAGGGUUCCUGGCAAAGCGGAACUUGACGACGUUACAGCCGCCACUAUCCCUGGCGACAGCAUCUCGGCAUUGGAGGGGCUUCACUGCAAUAAGCUCGGGUAUAUCGUCACUGCCGCAGGAAAGCCUAUGGGGAGGCUUAUUGAAGGGGAUGCGAAGCAGAUCUCGCGCGAGGGCUUGCGUCUGGAAGGAGACGGCUGUUUCCGUGACUCGCAGGGAAAUGUCCUAGGCAGCGUUGAGCCCCUGCGUGUUCGGGGAGAAGAAGGCGAGGAAGAAGAAUGGAUAAACAAGGGCCCUUUUGCUGAUCUGGGCGAUAUCUUCGUCGCUCAAGAAGGCUGGGUGCACGACGUCGAUGGUCAGCGGGUGGGCCGGCUCAUAGAGGGUGAUGCGAAGCGACUGUUGGGCCACGCCGUGGACGACGACGGCGACAUCCUGGAUAAGCACGGCAAUCUCCUGGGCCGCGCCGAACCGUGGGAAGAGCCCAGUCCGACGAGCUCACCGGCCGGCGAUGACGCCCUGGCCGAGCUGGAAGGCCUGGCGCCCAACAAGACCGGCAAUGUGAUGGGCCCAGGCCUCGUCCCUAUUGCACGAGUGGUGGAUGGCAAUCCUGCAGAGCUCCUCGGGCGGCGGAUCGACAGCAAGGGUCAGAUCUGGAACGACACGGGCGCAGUGAUCGGCCACGUCGAGCUCAUCCCGGCCGCCGAGCGCGAGGCCAUGGGCCCGUUCAGCGGGCUGGGCGACCUGGUGGCCCGGGGGACUGGCGCUGUCGAAGACGCAGAGGGGAUACUGGUAGGCCGGAUCGUCGAGGGGAACCCCAAGGGCCUUCGGGGGCGCCCGGUGGACGCAGACGGCGAGAUCCUGGACCAGUACGGCAAUGUGCUCGGGCGGGCGGAACGAUGUGACUCCGCGGACGAGGAGGAAGCAGUGGAAGAAGAGGAAGAGGACCUGUCCGCGCUGGAUGGGCUCGUGGUCAACAAGCUGGGCAACAUCGUGGACGCCGAUGGGGUCGUCGUCGGACGUCUUGUGGCCGGUGAUCCCCGGCGACUGGCGGGCAAGACUGUCGAUGGGGAUGGCCAUGUGUGGAAUGCCUCCGGUCAGGUCAUCGGGCAGGCGGAGGGUAUCCCGGAAGCGGAGCGGGACCGGCCCGAGGGGAUCUUCUCUGGCCUGGAUGGCCUGACGCUGCAGAAGGAUGGGAUGGUUCUGGAUCCCGCCGCUGCGGUUGUAGGGCGACUGGUUGAGGGGGAUGCAGCGCGUCUGGCUGGGCGGGCAGUGGAUGAGGAUGGGGAGAUCAUUGACAAGGCCGGCAACGUGAUCGGGCGUGCGGAGCGCUGGACGCCAGAAGAGCUGCAACGCGAGAUCAAUCCCAUGUCAGGCCGCGCCGUGAACAAGGAUGGGCAUGUGCGGGACGAGGAUGGGAACAUUCUUGGGAAGCUGACACAGGGCAACCUGCAGACCUUGGUGGGCAAACGGGUGGAUGAAGAUGGAUAUAUUGUUGACCAGCGGGGCAACACCAUUGGCGAGUGCACGCUGAUGGCCAAUCUACCCCCGGAACCGGUCCCGGAACCGGCCCUGUCCCCGGAGGAGCUCGCCAAGCAGGAGCAGGAGCAGGCGGCAGAGGAGAAGGCAGAGGAGGAGAGGAGCCUGGCUAAAAAGAUGAGCUCUAUUGUGCAGGGGACAUUGGAGUCUGUGGGGCCCCUUUGUCGGCAGAUCAGGCAGCACAUUGAAACGGCCGAGCGAACGCCCAAGGACGAGCUGGACGAGGAGCAGCUGGUGAAGGAGGUGCAGCCGUUGAUUGAAGAGGCAGGGGAUGCAUUGCAGGAAUGCAAGGGGGCGCUCCGUGCCCUGGACCCGGACGGGCAGAUCGCGGCGACGGCCAAGGGGCGCAGUGCGGCACAGGAGGCCACCCCAGAGGAGCACCGGCUGGCGGAGCUGCUCAAGGAGCUGGCACAGACUGUCGUGGAGACGAUUGAGGAGGGGCGGCGCCUGCUUGCUGACAUGCCGCAUGCCAAACAGAAGAUCAACCCGCUGUGGGCGUUAUUGUCAGAGCCGCUUUUCCAGAUCAUGGCGGCCGUGGGGCUGCUGCUGAGUGGGGUGGUGGGCCUCGUCAGCCAACUUUUAGAUGGGCUGGGGUUGGGCGGGCUGCUUCGGGGGCUAUUGGGAGGGUUAGGCUUGGACAAGUUGCUGGAGGGACUCGGGCUGGGCACUGUGACACAGGCUCUUGGGAUUACUGGCAAGUAG